AUGUCGUCGCCCUCAACUCCACGGACGGCACGGUCUGCCUCUGCGGCAGCCGUUUCGCCAGAGAUGCUCACUCCUGGACGAAAAAUCAAAGCCAUGCUCGCAGCAUUUGACAGUGAUUCGGAGUCAGAGAGCGGGAACCCAGUGGACCUAGAUACACACAAGAAUCACGCCGGUUUCCCUGGAGGAAACACAAAAUCGACGAUGGGCCAGCCACCGACGGACCCAGACGAAGAAAACGAUGACGAUGAAGACAUCAUUAUGCCUAGAGGGCGCAUGGCUGCGCGUCUACUCAACAUUACCACGGAAAACAAACAGUUACCCACCGAGUCAGCAUACGAACGAGUUUCGAAAACUCUACGAGCGAAUAAAGAUGAUUCAGAAGAUACGCGUUGUGGAACGGCAGAUGAUACGACUGAUUCCUCUGACGAUGAUCUCCCUACGACUGGACCGAGACGGAGAGUUCAGCAGAUGCACGGUGAGGAUGAGUCUCGCUCGCGAUCUCAUGCGCGCUCUUUUUCUCCACUGUUUAUAUCGUCUCCAGCGAAAUCACUGAAUGAUGGACAUGAGCACAGUGAAGCUUCUGGUGCGGAGGAAGAAGUGGCGCCGAAGCGUAAUAGCCGUUUCCUUGAACUUGUCGCACAGAAAAGAAAGGAGCGCGAAGAGAAGGAGCGGGCUGAAGCGGAGAAGAAGGCUGCCAGAAUGAAGGAACGAGAGGCGCUCAAUGCAGCUAUGUUUUCUGAUGACGAGAGUACAGAUGAUGGUACCUCUCGUCAAAAGAAAGCAACGCAGGCGCGCCCUGCUCGAAGAGCCGGAAAGAAGGCUCUUGAGGAGAUGAGUCGCGAAACGCAACGAAUGAGCAGGAACAUGCAGCUGGCUCAUGAUGCACGGACAAAGAAGAAGAUCUCGAAGGAGAGUUUCUUUGCUCGGUUCAACUUUAUGCAAUCACAGGCACAAGCUGCGCCGGAACAGCCUGGUGAUAACUCUUCGUCGACUGCAGGGUCACAGCAUUCGUCGGAUGUCGAAGCGCACAAGGACAAAGGGACGCCACAAACGUCGCCAGUUUUGUCACCAGCUGACGCCCAUUAUGAACCAGAUAAGGUGCCGCGGAAGGACAUUGAGUUCCCCGCUCUAAAAGAACCUUUGGGUGCAACGGUCAAAGUGACCGAGGAAAUAUUUGGAAAAGAGGAUCAACCCGACAAGCCAAGUGCUGAACUAUCCAGUGUCAAGAGCGGGCAGCCCUUGAGAAUAGCCCCAGUGCGCGUUCGACUCUCCCGGGAACAGGUAGCUCGGCACCAGAAGGAUGACUCCGAUAGUGACCUCGAAAUCGUCACGUCACCGGCCAAAUGCCGGAGUAUUGCAGCAUUUGAGAAUCUUCCAGUACGGAAAGUGCAGGAGCCAGCAUCUAUAUUCAAGCUGAAAGCGCUGGCGCAGCUUACGUCGCCCACCCGGAAGUCUACGGCGAUGAACCCAGCAGAGCUAUCAGCGAGUUUGUUGUAUCAAGCGAGACUACAAGCAGCGAAAGAACGGAUGGAAAGGAUAGAGGAGCUUCGAGCUAAGGGUAUUGUCAUUGAGACAGCCGCUGAGCGCGCUGCAUUUGAAGACGAGGUAGAGAAUCUUGUUGAGAAAGCAAGACAGGAAGGUGAGGCAAUUGCAAAACAGGAACGAGCGGCAGCUAAAAAGGCGAACGGUGAGGAUGAGGACGAUGAGGAGGAUAUUGAUUUUGAACUAUCUGGAUCGGAGGAUGAGGGUGCGGGUGACGCAGACCCGGAGGGAGAAGGGAACGAAGAAGACGAAGACGAAGAAGAUGAGGAGGACGAGGAGGACGAGGAUGAAGAGGAUGAAGAGGAUGAAGAUACGGAGGAUAAGGCCGAGGCCGAUAGAGAGGCCAACAUGAUUGAUUCUGAGGCUUGUCAGGACGACAAUAGCGAUCACAAUGACGAGUUUGAGGAUGAUACCACUGCUGAGCCGGCACUACAGGUUAUGGAAAUGCCAACCCAGAGGCGCAAGAGAGUUACCCGUGUCGUUAGUGAUGAUGAGGAUGAGGAAGUUGAGCAGACACCAAAGACACCAGCCAAACCAAUCAACCCGUUCCUGAACUCGGUCGAACGGCCAAACAUUCCUGUGAAGCCCUCCGAGGCCACAAUGAGCCUAACGCAGGCGUUUGCCGGUACACUCGCUACAAGCCAAGACCUGAGUCAACCAGAAGAUACUAUUCCUAACUCCCUUCCCGAUCCCGUACCGAUGAGCAUUGACGGCGCACCUGACUCUCAAAUAGUCAUUAAAGACAGCCAGGAGCAACGCGCCGGAUCGACGGAUAUAUUUACGGGGCACUGGCGACCAGAUUCACGGGUCCCCGAGUCUCCCGCAUCCCAAAGUGUGUCUCAAAUGUCCCAAAUCCCCGAUCCUACACAAGAUGCCGGAUUCGUUCUCUCACCUUUUGACCCUAGCAAGAGGUUUUUGGGCACCCCAACAUCUACCAUCGAGACUGUCCUUGUGGAGCAGAACCAUUCUCCAGCUGCAGCGAGAAUGAUGAGGAACUUAAAACGUGGAAAAGCGCCCCAGCUUUCUGCCGUUGAGGACCAAGAGGAAGGUGACUUUGAGAUCGAUGCGAGUGCAUUCGAUGUGAUGAAGAAGGCAUCGAAGAAAGCAAAGAAACAGGCUGAACUUUUUGAUCGCAAGAAGAGCAAGGCGAGGGAUGUUGUGGAAGAGGCUGCUGAGGAAUCUGACGAUGAAUAUGCUGGUCUGGGAGGCGCAAGCGACGACGAAACCGACGACGAAGAGAAUGCGUAUGACAGGGAAAUGAUCAAUGAUAACAGCGGGGAAAAAGUUGACGCGAAGCAGCUGGCUGCACUGAAUGCCCUCCACCAAAGAAACGCGGACGAGAGGGACGUAGCAAAGCUGCUCAAGGACAUCACAACAGGGGCGCUUCGGCGGCGACGCAACAACGACGAUGAGUUCGACCUAGACGACUCAGACGAUGAACUAUUGGCCCGCCGACGCCAGAAGCAAAGAGAAUUUGCCCGCAUGCGAAACGCCCUCCUCGCCGAUGGAAAGGUCGGCGAACUAGCCGAGAACCCCAAGAAAGCAGCCUUCUUCAAGGCCAUUGAAGACCGCGAAGACGAUGACGACGUUGGUCUCGAUUUCCUAGGUUACGAGCAAGAGAGCGCUACGCAGGAUGAAUCUCAAGAUGGAGCUGCACAGACGCCAGAAGGCGAAAGCAACAGCAACAGAAGGAAGAGGCCUCUAGAACCAGCUGCGGACGAUGUAAAUAACAGACCUCCGCCCUACCUCCGCCGCAAACCCGCCAGCGCAAUGUCGAAGAAGCCUGCUACCCUUGCUGAGAUUCGCGAAGCGGUAUCUUUCCUUACCGAGCGUCCUGAGUACGACUCUUUCCAUGAAGACGCUUCGAUGGAUGACGACGAAGGCGAGCAGCAGGCCAACGCCGACAAUGAAGACACCGACGGGCACGGGUCAGACGAACCCACCGCAACCAGCCGACAACGCGACGUAUCCCCAGCCGUCGGCUUCAGACAUCCCCGCAUCCUCAAACUCCGCUUCAAGUUCCAACAAUUCCCGACUUGCAUUCCACACCGGCGCCGCCAGCGAAAAGGCUGCUUCGUUUGGGUUCAGGCCGCCGAUCCUGCGCAAGACCACGACGGCUUCAUCCUCAUCCAGUUCUACCUCUGCGUCUGA